CCGGUGAAGGAAAAAGAAGUGAAAGAAGUUUAGCUGGAGCCAAACACACCAAACAUAAGCUUAUUUCAUCUCAACAACCCUUGGAAUUACCAUGGCGGCCGCGGACGUUGCAGUGAUGAAGAAUGAUUUAACGCGCUCGCUGAAACAAUCGGGACACGUCGGUUUCGACAGCCUGCCCGAUCAGCUGGUCAGCAAGAGCGUCCAGAAUGGGUUUGUGUUCAACAUUAUGUGCAUCGGCGAGACGGGUCUGGGCAAGUCGACCCUGAUGGAUUCACUGUUCAACACGAACUUUGAAUCGCAGCCCAGCCCUCACACGCUUCCGAGCGUUAAGUUGAAGGCUCACACGUACGAACUGCAGGAGAGCAUGGUGCGGCUAAAGCUGACGAUCUGCGACACGGUUGGUUACGGCGACCAGAUCAAUAAGGACGACUCGUUCAAGGCGGUAGUCGACUAUAUUAAUCAGCAGUUCGAGGCGUACCUGCAGGAGGAACUUAAGAUAAAGCGCUCGCUGUCGACGUACCACGACAGCCGUACGCACAUCUGUCUCUACUUUAUCUGCCCCACCGGGCACGGGCUCAAAUCGCUCGAUCUGGUCUGCAUGAAGAUGCUCGAUUCGAAGGUAAACAUCAUUCCGAUCAUUGCCAAGGCGGACACAAUCUCCAAAACGGAGCUGGCCAAAUUUAAGGCCAAGAUAAACGAAGAGCUGCGCGUAAACGGUGUCCAGAUCUAUCAAUUUCCGACGGACGAUGAAUCGGUGGCGGAAGUAAACACGACGAUGAACUCGCACAUCCCGUUCGCGGUUGUGGGCAGUACGGAUUUUGUGCGCGUCGGCAAUAAGACGGUACGGGCACGUCAGUAUCCGUGGGGUACGGUGCAGGUGGAGAAUGAGGCCCAUUGCGAUUUUGUGAAGCUGCGCGAAAUGUUGAUCCGCACCAAUAUGGAGGAUAUGCGGGAGAAGACGCACACGCGCCAUUACGAGCUGUACCGCCAGAAGCGGCUGGAGGAGAUGGGCUUUACCGAUGUGGACAGUGACAAUAAGCCGGUAUCGUUCCAGCAGACGUUCGAGGCGAAGCGGAGCAAUCAUCUGGCAGAGUUGCAGGCGAAGGAGGACGAGGUGCGCCAGAUGUUUGUGGUGCGUGUGAAGGAGAAGGAAGCAGAGUUGAAGGAGAGCGAAAAGGAGCUCCACGCCAAAUUCGACAAGCUAAAGAAGGAUCAUGCCGAGGAGAAGCGCAAACUGGAGGAAUCGCGCAAAAAGCUGGAGGAAGAGUUUGUCGAGUUUAACCGGCGCAAGUCCCAGAUGACGGCCCACCACACGCUAACGCUUGGCAAGAGCAAAAAGAAAUGAACUU